AUGGGUAAUUUUGUCUCGGCUUCUCAUGACUGUCUCAAGCAAGUUUGCUUCGAUUUCUUUCGCCGAGCUAGUGAUGAUUCCUUCCGCCAGAUAAUCAGAAAUCUCCGUGGAUUGCGCCUCUCAUCAGAAAAGAAGAACUUCGUGCAAACAACCAUUCCAUUCCUUGAUUACGCAGUUUGCAACUUUCUUUAUCACAGUAAUCUAGCCCAAGCAGGCGAUUUCUCGCAACAAAAAUUUCUACGAGAAUUUGCCGACCUGUUUUCUGAUUUCAAAAGAAUACACACUGCCAUUCAAGGUUUUGCGAAUCGCCAAUAUGGGGAUGACAUAUCUAUUCUGUACCUGCUGGCUGAUAAUGGUUUCCACCACCUGAUACCUAUUGAGCUCCGUGGUGAAUCAUAUGCUUGGAAGCCCAGUGGCCCUAUGGUUUGUCCAAUGGGUGCUGCAUUUCGCAGGGGAGAUCUGGCAACCAUACAAGCUCUGCUGGGAUUCGAAAUGAAAAGUGAGGCCUGCAUCGUUGAUAAUUUUGCAGAGCCAGAGCUAGUUGCUCGUCUGAAAGACUUCUUGACUGAAAGUGAAUUGCAUAAGACUUCUGAAGUUAAAUACUCAAUGAGUGGGCUCCUGCUAAGAUUUGCGUUGGAAAGCAGCCGUGUGAACAUACUAAGGCUUCUUCUCCUCACAAACAAAGUUGAUUUCAAUGCUAAUGUAGGAAAGAAUACUGUGACACCACUUCUUUGGGCAAUUCACGAGUCUAAACCAGAGGUGGUGGAGUUUCUGUUAUCAGAAGCUAAGAUCAAUGUGAAUGGCGAAACCCCGAAGAAAGAUUAUCUAAAAAGACAUCCUCUCAAAGCGGUGUUUAUAAAAAGCCAGAACAGGUACAAUGAAACGCACAUAAAUCGAGAUGCCGCUGAAAUUUACAAAGAAGCCGAUAGAACAAUUCUGGAACUUUUGCUGCGUCACGAGGCCCUGAAUUUAGACUAUCAAGAUGAAGUGGGACGAAAUGCUGCUCAUUGGGCAGCCCUGGCGUGUGAUGAAUCUGCGUUUAGUUCCCUUAUUGAACGUGGUGUCGACAUUCAACACUGUGACUCCGAUGGACGAGAUCCACUGUCAUAUGCUGCUGAGUAUGGCUGUAAUGAUGUUGUCAAAAUUAUACUCCAGCGAGGGAAGGACUUGCUGUUUCUUUUGCUUGAGACCAAGAAAGUCAAUGUCAAUACCGGAGAUGACCAACUCAGGCCUCCCCUGGAAUGGGCAACCCAAACGGGGAAUCCCGCGACAGUUCAGGUUCUACUUCAGAAUGCCGAUGUGGAUGUCAACAGCAGAAACGAAAGCGGUCAAACCCCGCUUAUCAUUGCUAUUCUGUACAGAAGGGAAGAUGUGGUCAAAAUGCUUCUAUCAUCCACUCGGCUAGAGGCAAAUUUGCGAGAUGUUGAUGGACGAACUGCACUAUCUUGGGCAGUUGCACCAUUCAAUCUAAGGAAAGAUGAGAUUCACAGUUCUCCUCGCAGUAAGGGUGUUAUAAAUGCACUGUUUGAGUCACAAAAGGUUGACCCUGGCGUGUUAGACAACUGGGGCCACUCGCCAUUGUGGUGGGCCAAGGCCUACGAUGUGAUGCUCACGGACCUGCGUUCCAUAAGGCAGCUUGAUAAGACAUUUUCUGAGAGCUUCGCGGAAUGGAUUUUAAGCAAACAUAAGUCCAGCACAAUCUCUCUACUCCCUCUAAGCACGAAUAUGGUCAGGCAUGACAUGUGGCAGUUUAUUAAGGGAAGCGAGUCUAUAAAAUCCAUUUCCAAUGUGAAUAUGAACAACCGUUGUGGCCGCCUAUCUUUUACUGAAAAUGAAGGAUUUUCCUUCGGUUAUUCGGGAGGGAGUGCGGCGGAGGAUUGGUAG